GAUUCAUAACAUUUCGCUAGUUUUUUUCUGACAUACAGUAUCAUCGUUAAACGACAUUACUGGGUUUCGAAUAAAAUUUUGGGAAGACACUUUUUGGUACAUUUCGCUGUUAUUUGGAAUGGCGGUGGUGACCUUUCGUCGGCCCCAGCGCCGGCUGAGUCUGGUGGACGCGGAGGACGGCGAAGUGCACAUAGUCAGCGCCCGUGUACCGAAGCCCCAACUGCCGCCUCCAAUAAUCGUCAUCCACGGCAGCGACGAGACCAUCCACACCAUUGCGGAGUUGCCCGAGGAAGCAGUGACGGACAGUGAACCGACACCCGAACCGGAAACCGACCCGGCGCGGUGUACCUGGGUGAGCACGACGGAUUGCCGGUUGGAGAGGACCGUCGGCGGGGUGAUGAUGUCCACAGGAAGCAUGCUUAUAAUUCUGCAGUUGGCCGUGACGCUGUUUGGCCGACAGCACAAGCCCCUCCUGCAGGAUACCCUCCACCAGAGCUUUCAAGGUUUCUGGAACGGGUUCCUCCUGUUUUUGGCCGGCUGCACCGUCCAGCUUCACGGGUGGCAGCGUACCCAGUGUUCCCGACCGAGCCUCAUCCCCACCAGCUUGGACCUCACCCGUCUGGAACGGGGACUCCGCUAUCUGCGCCACAACCGCGUCGCGACCUUCCUCGGAGAUCUUGUGAUACGCUUUCACCACGCUCUACACCAGUCCUCCUACCGGAUCCCGGAAAUGGCGCUGAUCACGUGCAGUGCGGCGCUACUAUCCGGCAUCGUGGCGCUGCUGCUGGCCGGGUUUGCGUACGGGCGGUACCCGACGCUACUCAGUCUGAAGAGUCUGGAGAACCUCCAGCCACUUCCCAACGUGACAUUCCCGGAAAGCGAUUCCGCGUUGCGGUUGCGUAUGAAGGGUACCCAUUGGCAUCGGGAGCGGCUAACCCUCCUCGGGCUGCAGCUCUUUGUCGUGUUCUUUACUCUCUUGGGGUGGUUGGUAUCGUCUGUUGCGUUUACCAUGGUGUUGACAUUUUGGGAAGCUACGCCGGGCGUCAAAAAGAAGGUGAAGCCGGUUCGUCCGAAGCCGGUAAUGGUGACGGUCGGCACGGACAGUGAGGGUCUAGAGGACUCCUUUGAGCAAUGGAUGCACUCCAUGAAAGCGGACGAGACGGAGAAAGUGGGCGCCGGCGAACAACUGCAGGAGACACUGCAGGCAAUUCCCGCCCGCAUCCGCAAGAUCUCCCGCUCCAUCAGCACGUACCUAAACGAAGCCAUCAACAAGGAAGCGGAUGGCAGUGCGCCAGGGAGGCGGGUGUCGCGGGUGGAUGCUGGCUGUUGAAUCUACAUUCUGGUCAUAACUUUUGACAAAUGUUGCGCCGUGCUUUGGGCUUUCGUAUCAGGAUAACUUGUCCGAAUGGUCUCUAAGCCGGCG